CGGCCAGCAGUGACGAUGGUGCCGUUGUGCUGCGGUCGUGCCAGAAGUGACAUUGGCUUUUUUACACAAAGCACCCGACAAGCCCACCACCUUCUGGUAAAACUCCUGUGCCUGGUUUGUUUUUUUGUUGGAAUUUUUUGGUGAGCAAAAAGAACCGCCACCAACCACCACCUACCACAACACAACGAGCAGUCAACGCCGCCUACUUCGUCAUCUUCCCGCUUCGCCUCGAAGGCAUCCAUUCCGUAGCCGUGAUUUACGUCCGCAGGCAUGAUGGCGUCGUCAUUCGCUAAUUGCUCGUACGCGCCGGAUCCAACGACGGGCAGCGACGCAGCGGCAGCGGCAUUCGGCUACGGUGACCGUGGUCUGCUGGACGAUCGGGACAAGCGCGGUGUGACACGUGCUUCAAGCUUGGCACUACCGAACCACUCGCUGCUGGAUCUGCUCGAGCACAAGCAGAAACUGUACGAGACGAUCCACCUCAAUCCACCUCCGAAGGGUAACGGUACCCGGCGUCACUCGUCCGAUUCGUUCCCGAUGAUCGAGAACGAAAGUUUCCAGAUACCGCAGCGACAGAGCAAAAAGUCGACGGCCGGGCUCGCCGGUCCACUAGUGCCACCGCCCGUCCCGAAGCGCACCUUCCAGGGUAACUUCCCGCGGAAGCCGAGCGAAUUUGAGCUACAGAAGCGUGCCUCCCUGCUGGCACUGGACACCUAUCAGCAACAGCAACAGCAACAACAGCAGCAGUUACAGCAACUCCAGCAACAGCUUCAGCAGCAACAGCAGCAACAGCAACAAGCCUACGCCCAGUACGUCCGCUCGGAGCGAAUUUGCAAGUCCGCGUUCGAGGAUCAAUCGUUCAGCUACUACUCGGCACCGAAGAGCGCCAAGAGCAGCACCGGCGGCAGCGGCGGCGGCGGCGGCGGCAGUACCGUCACGAACGGUGGCCCUAACGGUGCCUGCCACAGUGUCAGCACGGCCAGCUUCGACGAUCUCGGUGAGCCAGAUGAUUUUGUGAUCUUUGGCAAGAAGAUGGCAUCGAUCGAGUCGAACCGGUCGUCGAGUGAUUCGAACAAAUCGCAAACCACCAUCGACACUGGGUACGUGUCGGCCAACGAGACGGACCGGUCGAUCCUGACCGGUGGUGGCAGUAGCUCCACCUCGGCCAAGGGUACCUCCUUCCGGAGCCGCUUCUCGUCCGAGGACACCCAGUCAUCGCUCGAUAGCUUCCUAUCGUCGGAGCUGCACCGCACCGAUACGAUCGAUUCGCUACCACUGAACGAUUCACCCUUCAGCCUGAAGAAGAACGUGUUCAACUUUGAUCUCAAAACGUCCUCGCUGAUCCGGGGCAGCAGCAUCGUGUCGCCGGGUUCGAUCGACGAAAAACUGGACAACUGUUCACCGCGUAGUCUCGAGAGCAAGGGUUCACGCAAACUGCCGACCGUUCCGACGCGUAAACCGUCGGGUGGGAUCGUAAUGCAACCGAAGCUACCACCACCGGGUGGAUCCGGCUCCCGUAUGACUCCCCCGUUGCCUCCAUCACGCUCACAGCAAGCAUUCGAAAGCAGAAAACUCCAGAAGCUCCAACAGCAACAACAGACGCAGCUCAACAAUGUUGCCUCGGUUCACAAAUCGGCCCUCGAGAGUCUCCAGGAACUGUACAGUAGACCGCUCGGUAUACGGCGUAACAUACAUCGACCACCACCACUCAGCAACCAGCAGCAACCGGCGCAGCAGCAGCAGCAGCAGCAGCAUAUGCUUGGCAAACCCAGUCACCAAGGUCAGCGACAAGACGGCAUCAUCUCGAACGAUGGCUACUCGAUUACCUCCAGCCCCAACUAUCCGGGCAAGUCCAUCGAAGGUUCGUUGUUACAGCACUCGUCCAAGCUGCACCGCUCGUCCAUCCGUGGUGGUGGUUUGAGUAAUCUCGACAGUUCGCCAAAUGUGGUCAGCAUCGCCACACCGACGACCAGCAGCAACAGCACCACCAGUACCGGCAGUCCAUCAUCGAUGGGCAGUGGUGGUGGUGGUGGUGGUGGUGGUGCAGGGGCCACCGGAACCACCACAACGACCACCAGUGUUACGAGUACGAUCGCGGAGAGCUACGCGCUCGGUUCGAGCUCCAAUCCACCACCGAUACGGUCCGUACCGCCGAGGGUAAGCAUGCGGCAGGACUCUAGCAUCUCGAGCGACAGCUUCAGCCAAACGUCCAGCCCGAGCUACAACUCCAAGAUCAUGGAAGCGCCGCUCCUGUCGCACGCCGCCAAAAUGCCCAAAGUGUCGAAACCGAUCGCACGCAACCUGGACGAGAUCGCCAAGGAAACGCUGGCGCCACCGUCGAUCGAUGCGAACGGUACCGUGCCCAUCAUCAAGAGUGCCUCGACUCCGGCCAGUCUGCAGACGAUCGUACGGCUCUCGAACGGUUCCAACGUGAGUCUCCAGCACAAGAAGUUCCAGAUCCUGAAGGCACGCAAAAACUCGAAUCCCUACGUCACCAGUGGACGCCUACGGUUCCGCCUGUGCCAGAUACUGCUCAAUGCGGUCGGACUGCUUGCGAUUGCCGGUGGGUUGGCCGCGUACUUCAACGCCUAUCCAACGAUCAAGUUUGUCAACCAGACGAUCACUCGUACGGCGAUUGCACCUGCCUCGGCACAGGGCAACGGUGGGACGGCCAUCGCCACCAUUAAUGCGGCAUCGAACGGUGGAUCGUCCUCCUCUUCUGCUUCCUCAUCCACAGCUGUGGCUAAUCCGGGACGGCCUGCGUACGAGCUCGUUGGUGGUGGUGGUGGUGGUGGCGGCUAUCGGGGUGAUCGGAAUCCGGCCCCCGGCAUCUGUCUACCGGUGAUCGUCAAGUUCUGCCAGCAGCACAGGGUUCCGUAUAACUUUACCGUCUUUCCAAACUACAUCGGUCACUUUGGCCAGCUGGAGGCGCAGAUCGAGAUCGAUCUGUUCGAGGCGCUGGUCGAUGUCCAGUGUUACGAGCUUGUUCCACUGUUCUUAUGCUCUCUGUUUGUGCCUAAAUGCGGUCACUCCGGUUCGACCGUGCCGCCGUGUGAGAAUCUGUGUACCGAAACUAUGCGCCGGUGUAGCUUCUUCUUUGACGUCUUUGGCCUCGAGCUGCCCGAGUACCUGCGGUGCGAAGUCUUUAACAAUGCCGUGUCCGAUCAGGAGGAGUGCGUCGGGAUGGCCGAGUACAAGGAGUCGAUGAUACGGUCCCGGCGGCCUAUCUCCUGUUCCGGCUUUCUGUGCGACAAGCGGCGCUGCAUACCGACGGACUGGAAGUGUGACGGUCACGUCGACUGUCAGGACCAGUCGGACGAAGCGCAGUGUAAGUUCUGUGCCGAUGAUGAGAUCCAUUGCGGUGAGGGACGCUGCAUGAGCCAGAAGCACGUCUGCAACGGUGUCCGGGACUGUCCUUUCGGGCAGGAUGAAAGGAAUUGCAUUCGACUGAGCGAGCGAAACGGUGACCUGGGACGCGGUACUCUCGAGGUGUACAAGGCCGAUCUCAAGCAGUGGGCUCCGGCUUGUGUGAAGAACUGGGAUCCGGCUACCUCACCGACGAUGAUCUGUUCCCUGCUCGGCUACAGCUCGGUCAACUCGAGCCGUACGGCGAUGCGUGGCUCCAACCGGACACUCGUCAGUACCAAGGAUGCAUCGUCCCUGUGGCGCAUGGCGCAGAAGGAAUGGAACCUGAUCAAGGAGUUCAACAGUUGUGACAUCAACUCACGCUACCCGGUGGCCGAGCUUACCUGCUCCAAUUUCGUGUGUGGUAAGGUACCGAACAAGAAGUACAAGGCAACGAAGCGCAUCGUUGGCGGUUUGACAUCGAAUCCGGGCGAUUGGCCCUUCAUUGCGGCCAUCCUGGGUGGUCCGGAGGAGGUGUUCUACUGUGCCGGAGUACUGAUCGCCGACCAGUGGGUACUGACGGCGUCACACUGCAUCGGAAACCAGACGAUGCGUAAUGUCAACGACUGGACGAUCCAGCUGGGCAUCACGAGGCGCCACUCGCACUCCUACUACAGCCAGAAGGUGAAGGUGAAAACGGUUAUUCCGCAUCCGCUCUACAACCUACUGAUACCGCACGACAACGACAUCGCCCUGUUCCAGCUGGCAACGCGCGUUGCAUUCCACGAACAUCUGCUGCCGGUGUGUCUGCCACCGCCACACAUCCGCGAGCUGCCAACCGGCAUCAACUGUACGGUCGUCGGUUGGGGCAAGCGAGAGGAACGAAACUCCACACCGAACGGGGCGUCGUAUGAGCCGACCCUGAACGAGGUAACGGUACCGAUCGUCAGCCGGAGCAUGUGUAUCGACUGGCUGGAGACGUUCAACGUGACCGAGGGUAUGAUUUGUGCCGGUUAUCAGGAGGGAGGUCGCGAUGCCUGUCAGGGUGACUCGGGUGGUCCGCUGCUGUGUCCGUAUCCGAACGAGAAGGACCGCUGGUUCGUCGGUGGUAUCGUGUCCUGGGGCGUCCGCUGUGCCCAUCCCAAGCUGCCCGGUGUUUACGCCAAUGUGCCGAAGUUCAUACCGUGGAUCAUGGCGCAGAUCAACAACCACUCCGUACUGCAAACCGACACAAUUGGCCGAUAAGCUGACUGCAGGGCUUGCAGGGUGCAGAGUUGCGGUGUCCACAAACUGGCACACUUGCUCCACGGAACCGGAAAUGACGGAGCGUCAUUUACGGACGCCGAUCAAAAUCCUUCAAAGAAGAAACAAUACCUCCGAUACUGGAUGCUGCGUGUACUGUGUACACGUUGUGGACGAUUUUAUGUCCUUUUAUGUACCAACUGGAAAUGGGGUUAAACAGCCAUGAUUUUUAAAACAAAACCAAAUCAAAUGGUCAGUUUAGUGACAGAGAUAGAGAGAGAGAGAGAGAGAGAGAGAGAGAGAGAGAGAGAGAGAGAGAAUAUCAUGGCGUAACAUCGAAACGUACGACCACACCACAUCCAACUACAAGACUCGCAUACCUGAACAGCCGCCAACGAGCCGGUCAACUCCCUAACAGGAUAUUGCCCCAUCGUAUCGCAGGCCACACAUGUCAAUCACGGGUGUGUUCGGAAAGCGGAAACAAUUGGCCAAAGCGAAAGUUCCUUCGAUCUUUUAAACACACAAAAACCAAACCGGAAAUGAGGCGAAAGGACACAAGACAAUAAGAAAAGCAGUAGGAGAAGGAGGGUUUCUUACCGUUUUUUUAAGGAAACGAAAAAACCAACGCACACGUUAAACUCACGCACCAUUCUCUCCUUCCCUCGCGGGGGGGAGUAACAGAUAUUUUGUCCUAGAAACGAUAGUGCCACCAACCGUUAAUCAACGGCAUUGGGCGGGUCGAUUCGUUGAGUC